UACGCUUUGCGGAACAGAUGAUUUUUGUUGGUUUUCGCAUGGCCUAUUGUGACCUAUUGCGUGCACGGCCGUAAGGAUGCUUGGUCCCCGCAUCUGUCAAGCGCUUGGACAGCUGAAACUCCAUUGUGACGAAAAUCAUGAAGGUAUCGUGCACUUUCAUUGCACCAACGAAGAAGCAUUUUUCGAAAUCACGUACCUAAUGUAAUUCAGAUUUUCGAUACUCGUCUCCGCGUGCAGCCUGUCUGCACGAAACAAUUACGUCAAUGGGAACAUGCCACGAGUACCAACUGGUACCAACGAGAACUGCAAGGAAUUUCGCAGCCCUCUAUCGACGGCUCGAGCGAGUAAUAUUCGCGUGCAUGUGUCCUCCCCGUACACGUAAUCCACAUUAACCACCACAGGAUCGUUUGAACGUGUUUGUGGCGUGCCCGGAGAAGGACGGAACGAACGGCGCUAGAGAAGGAUCGCUUGCCUCCACUGUGAUAUUUGUUUUUCCCGUGUGCCGCCGCGUAUCCAUUUACAUAUCAGUGUUCCGUCGGUGUAGUUUCUUCUUUCUCAUCGGCGGCCAGGUCGAUUGAAAGAAGUCAAUUAAGGGGCGCUGCGGCCCGAAAGCCUUUUUCGCGGAUGUGCAAUUUUUUCACGAACGGACCGGCCGUAUCGUCAGUUACACGAUGUCAGAGGAGGAUCUGCUGAAGUCCCCGAUCGACGGUAUUUUGCCGUUUCUACAGAGCAUCGAAUGGAGGGAUCCAUGGCUCGCAUUGCUAUUAACUUUCCACAUUGCAAUUACUAUGACCGCGGUGAUGACAAGAAACCAUGCAAAUUUUCAGAUCAUGCUGUUCUUUGCUCUCCUAUUGUUGGUAUACUUCUCUGAGAGCAUCAACGAAAUGGCUGCGUCCAAUUGGAUGUUGUUCUCAAGACAGCAGUGCUUCGAUUCCAACGGUCUCUUCAUAUCUGUAGUAUUCUCUGUGCCUAUUCUAAUGAACUGUAUGAUAAUGAUCGCUAGUUGGUUGUACCAGUCCAGCCAGUUAAUGACAAGUUUGAAGAGAGCCCAGUUACGACAGCAGGCGCGGAACCGGCAGAUAGAGGACGAGUCCGCGAACGCAAAUGGCACUGUCGUACGGGAAAAGCAGGAGUAAGAUUUUUUCUAGUCAGGUGACGAGAUUUGUAAAAAGAGAAAAGAGAAGCGGAAAUUAUGUACAUUACCGAAGAACGAGUGGCAGCUUGUUCUUUUUACCACGACCGGUGUGGUACACACGAAAUAGCGUUACGAGAUUUGGCGAAUGUUAUUCCACGAUGAUAGCAUUUUCUAAAAAAAAAAACAAAACAAAAGCUACUGCCGACUUUAGUGAAAAGCUUGCGUCCGUAUCGAGAUUCGCGAUUAUGAAAUGUCGGUGAGCUGUACUUCCAAUGCAAUACGACACACACGCGCGCGCGCGCGCGUUUAAUGGUAUAAUUAGUUAGAGUAGAGAGGCUCGAAAUUCUAAUAAUUAACUAAUUCCGUUUAUUACUUGUCCCACUUGGUCGCGAGUUGGCGCGCACGCGAUUCACGCGAAGGCCGCGGAGAAUUUGUGAUCUCUGAAAGGAUAUUAUCUUAUAUUAAGGUACAUUCCGACGGUUCUUCAUCCUUAUUUUCCACGUUGGAUCGUUCGUUACGUCUCGAGGUAUUCUUAACGCAUCAUCACGGAGUACUUACUACUCUAGCGCGUAUCGCUUCUGAUAAUUAUCGCUAAGAAAAGGAAAAAGGAAAUAAAAAGCACGGCAUAUUAGAUAAUUACGGCUCUAGAUACGUAUAUGUAUGUGUAUGUAUGUAACGAGUGAGUGAGUACACGUUUUUCCAGAUAACGAUAAGAAAAAAAAGAACGAAAAAGAAAAGAGAAAUGCGCGAUCAUAAUAUAGAAAGGAAGUACCGCAAUUUGCACGCGUAUUUCGAACCAGUCAAGUAACCCUCUACUGUAUAUUUGUGUAAAUCAAACAGCAUUAUCUUGCCGUCGUCGUUUUUAAUGCGUGACUAAUCAGAUUAAACAAUAAACUAUUUCUUCCUAAAAUGGUUUCCCCGAGUUUUUAUAAAAAAAAAUGUCUGUACGAUCCCUCCACACGCAUUUGAGUGCAAUAUCACACGAAAUUAACACCAACUGUUAUUAUUGUAACUUGUGUAUUUUUUAAUUAUUAUUUAAAUAAAGUAGAUUUCAAGAAGCA